GCUCCUCCCCAAAAACCUAGCCCCUCAAGCAGCCGCACCCUCACUCUCCUCUCCUGCCCCCCACGGCGGCGGCGGGAUGGCGGAUUCGACGGCGAGGACGGUGAAGGACGUGAACCCUCAUGAGUUCGUCAAGGCCUACUCCGCCCACCUCAAGCGCUCCGGCAAGAUGGAGCUCCCUGAGUGGGUUGACAUCGUGAAGACUGCGAGGUUCAAGGAGCUCCCUCCUUAUGAUCCGGACUGGUACUACACGAGGGCUGCCUCGAUUGCAAGGAAGAUCUACCUGAGGCAGGGUAUUGGUGUAGGUGGCUUCCAGAAGAUCUAUGGUGGCCGCCAGAGGAACGGCUCACGCCCCCCGCACUUCUGCAAGAGCAGCGGCGCUAUCUCACGCAACAUCCUUCAGCAGCUGCAGAAGAUGGGCAUCAUUGAUGUCGACCCGAAGGGUGGAAGACUCAUCACCUCCCAGGGAAGGCGUGAUCUGGACCAAGUGGCCGGAAGAGUUGAUGUUACCAUCGCCUGAACAGAUCCAUUGAUCCUCAACCCUUAAUGCCUGUCAUGUUUGGUGGUUGAGUUGGCUACAGUUUGUUUGCAGUUUUGAAUUAGAACAUGCCCUAUCUUUGUUGGCUCAGAGAAUUGGAAGUUGGAUGCAUCUAGUUAUGAUAUUGCAGUAUGUGUUUUUUGUCUUUUGCUGAAUGAACUCCUAAUGCACUGUCACUAGUUCCGGACAAAAGAAAAUUAAAUUAUGCCAAUGGAAUGUCUCUGCUGAUGCCAGUUUUAUUCUAGCGGCACCGAGUUGUCUAU